CCGAGACAGACAGGGCCGGGAAGAGCCGGAGACUGAGGAGGAGGCGGAGGCGGAGGCGGCGGCGGAGGCGGGGCGACUCCGGUGACCGGGAGCGCCGCAGACUGGCAGCUGCGGCGACUCCCCCCUUUGUGUCUGGUCUGCUCGGAGCCACUGGAAGUGCUUCCCGGAGGGGUGCGGGGUGUCUCGCCGCCCCGUCGCCCACCCCCCUCCUCAGCCAGCCACCUACCUCCGCCCUCCCGCCGCCCCCCGCCCUCGGCCCGCGACGCCCGAGCUCCGCCCGGGGCCCAGAGCUGCGGGAGAACGAGGCGGCGGCGGCGGCGGCAGCGGCAGCGGCUUCCUCGGGGGGGGGGGUUGUGAUUCGCUCACAGGAGCCAUUGACGGGAGAAGACGAGGCUUUUCUUCGUGGAAUUUACCUCAGGCAAGAUCGAGCGGCCGCAAUAAAGAGAGAGAGAGAGAGGAGCGAAUCCGGGAGGGCUGGAAAGGGCAGCUCCCCGCACCUCCUCUCCGCCCGCCGUCUCGGGGAGCUCGGGGCCCUGCCUGCUGACCCUUCCCCUCCCCCGCUUCCUACUGCCCCUCAGCCCUCCGGCCGGGCCCUGGCACAACCGCGCAGGAUUGUUCGGCGAAGGCUUGAAGGCUGUGUGGGUUUGUCCAUGGAGGCAGGCACCUUUUUCGAUUCAGUCGAGGAACGGGGUUUGUUGUUCUCGAAAUCCGAGUGAAGGAAGCACCGAAGCGAAACUUAAAAAGGAAUCCUGCCCUCCCGGAGCCACGGGCGAUGCGACUCGUGCGGCCGGGCGCCGCCGCCGCCCGCCCGGCUUCGCCCUUCGCGGCGGUCGGGAACUUGUUCUGAUCCUCAGCCCCGCCAUCGAAUCCCCGCUCUCCAGCCCCCUGCACCCUGGAUAUGUUUUCUCCCAGACCUGGAUAUUUUUUUGACAUCGUGAAACUACGAGGGAAAUAACCGCUGGGCUUUCUUUCUCCCUGCUUCUCCACACGGACAUGCCUUCAGUUUGGGUGGCCGAGGCACCCCGUCCUAGGCGAAUGAACCUCUCCAGCCGCGAGGGAGAGAAAUGAAGGGAAUUUCUGCAGCGGAAUGAAAGCUCUGCAGCUAGGUCCUCUCAUCUGCCAUUCGUCCUUUCAAACUGCAUUGUAAUACCUACGGGCCGGACAAGUCAGACGAGAGCGAGGACCAGCCUCCCGGCCGUACCUCUCCGCCCGUGUUUACUUUCCGUAUUUCUUUGCUCUGCUGCUUCUCGGCUGGCCCAGGGAUGACUGCUUCGCUGCAGCGGCCCCGGUGGGUGCCGUCGCUCCUGUGGACCGUCCUGCUGGUCAGCACUGCGGCCGCUUCUCAGAACCAAGAACGUCUAUGUGCAUUUAAAGAUCCGUAUCAACAAGACCUUGGGAUAGGCGAGAGUCGAAUCUCUCAUGAAAAUGGAACAAUAUUAUGCUCAAAAGGUAGCACUUGCUAUGGCCUUUGGGAGAAAUCAAAAGGGGAUAUAAAUCUCGUAAAACAAGGAUGUUGGUCUCACAUUGGAGAUCCCCAGGAGUGUCACUAUGAAGAAUGUGUAGUAACUACUACCCCUCCCUCAAUUCAGAAUGGAACAUACCGUUUCUGCUGCUGUAGCACAGACUUGUGUAAUGUCAACUUUACUGAGAAUUUUCCACCUCCAGACACAACACCACUCAGUCCACCUCAUUCAUUUAACCGAGAUGAGACAAUAAUCAUUGCUUUGGCAUCAGUCUCUGUAUUAGCUGUUUUGAUAGUUGCCUUAUGCUUCGGAUACAGGAUGCUGACAGGAGACCGUAAACAAGGUCUUCACAGUAUGAACAUGAUGGAGGCAGCAGCAUCAGAACCCUCUCUUGACCUAGAUAAUCUGAAACUGUUGGAGCUGAUUGGCCGGGGCCGAUAUGGAGCAGUAUAUAAAGGUUCCUUAGAUGAGCGUCCAGUUGCUGUAAAAGUUUUUUCCUUUGCAAACCGUCAGAAUUUUAUCAAUGAGAAGAACAUUUACAGAGUGCCUUUGAUGGAACAUGACAACAUUGCUCGCUUUAUAGUUGGAGAUGAGAGAGUUACUGCAGAUGGACGCAUGGAGUAUUUGCUUGUGAUGGAGUAUUAUCCCAAUGGAUCUCUGUGCAAGUAUUUGAGUCUCCAUACAAGUGAUUGGGUCAGCUCUUGCCGUCUGGCUCAUUCUGUGACUAGGGGACUGGCUUAUCUUCAUACAGAAUUGCCACGAGGAGAUCAUUAUAAACCUGCAAUUUCCCAUCGAGAUUUAAACAGCAGAAAUGUCCUGGUGAAAAAUGAUGGAACCUGUGUUAUUAGUGACUUUGGAUUGUCCAUGAGGCUGACUGGAAAUAGACUGGUACGCCCAGGGGAAGAAGAUAAUGCAGCCAUAAGUGAGGUUGGCACAAUCAGAUAUAUGGCACCAGAAGUUCUAGAAGGAGCUGUGAACCUGAGGGACUGUGAAUCAGCUUUGAAACAAGUGGACAUGUAUGCACUUGGACUCAUUUAUUGGGAGAUAUUUAUGAGAUGUACAGACCUCUUCCCAGGUGAAUCUGUACCAGAAUACCAGAUGGCUUUUCAGACAGAAGUUGGAAACCAUCCCACUUUUGAAGAUAUGCAGGUUCUGGUAUCUAGGGAAAAACAGAGACCCAAGUUCCCAGAAGCUUGGAAAGAAAAUAGCCUGGCAGUGAGGUCACUCAAGGAGACAAUCGAAGACUGUUGGGACCAGGAUGCAGAGGCUCGGCUUACUGCGCAGUGUGCGGAGGAACGGAUGGCUGAACUUAUGAUGAUAUGGGAAAGAAACAAAUCUGUGAGCCCAACAGUCAAUCCCAUGUCUACUGCUAUGCAGAAUGAGCGCAACCUUUCACACAAUAGGCGUGUGCCAAAGAUUGGCCCUUAUCCAGAUUAUUCUUCUUCCUCAUACAUUGAAGACUCUAUCCAUCAUACUGACAGCAUUGUGAAGAAUAUUUCCUCUGAGCAUUCGAUGUCUAGCACACCUUUGACUAUAGGGGAAAAGAACCGAAACUCAAUUAACUAUGAACGGCAGCAAGCACAAGCUCGAAUUCCCAGCCCUGAAACAAGCGUCACCAGCCUGUCCACCAACACAACAACCACAAACACCACUGGCCUCACUCCAAGCACUGGCAUGACCACUAUAUCUGAGAUGCCAUACUCAGAUGAAACAAAUCUGCAUGCCACAAAUGUUUCACAGCCAAUUGGGCCAACCCCUGUCUGCUUACAACUUACAGAAGAAGACUUGGAGACCAACAAGCUGGACCCAAAAGAAGUUGAUAAGAACCUCAAGGAAAGUUCUGAUGAGAAUCUCAUGGAGCAUUCUCUUAAACAGUUCAGUGGACCAGACCCACUGAGCAGCACCAGUUCUAGCUUGCUUUACCCACUCAUAAAACUUGCAGUGGAAGUGACUGGACAGCAGGACUUCACACAAGCUGCAAAUGGCCAAGCAUGUUUAAUUCCUGAUGUUCCACCCGCUCAGAUCUAUCCUCUCCCCAAGCAACAAAACCUUCCUAAGAGACCUACUAGUUUGCCUUUAAACACCAAAAAUUCAACAAAGGAGCCCCGGCUGAAAUUUGGCAGCAAGCACAAAUCAAACUUGAAACAAGUAGAAACUGGAGUUGCCAAGAUGAAUACAAUCAAUGCUGCAGAACCUCAUGUGGUGACGGUCACCAUGAAUGGUGUGGCAGGUAGAAACCACAGUGUUAACUCCCAUACUGCCACUACCCAGUAUGUUAAUGGGGCAGUACCAUCUGGCCAGACAGCCAACACAGUGGCACACAGGGGCCAAGAAAUGCUGCAGAAUCAAUUCAUUGGUGAGGAUACCCGACUGAAUAUUAAUUCCAGUCCUGAUGAGCAUGAACCUUUACUGAGACGAGAGCAACAGGCUGGCCAUGAUGAAGGUGUUCUGGAUCGUCUUGUGGACAGGAGGGAACGGCCACUGGAAGGUGGCCGAACUAAUUCCAAUAACAACAACAGUAAUCCGUGUUCAGAGCAAGAUGUUCUUACACAGGGUGUUCCAAGCACAGUAGCAGAUCCUGGACCAUCAAAACCCAGAAAAGCACAGAGGCCUAAUUCUCUGGAUCUUUCAGCCACAAAUAUCCUUGAUGGCAGCGGUUUGCAGUUAGGUGAAUCAACACAAGAUGGCAAAUCAGGAUCUGGUGAAAAGAUUAAGAAACGUGUGAAAACUCCCUAUUCUCUUAAGCGGUGGCGCCCCUCCACCUGGGUCAUCUCCACUGAACCACUGGACUGUGAGGUCAACAACAAUGGCAGUGACAGGGCAGUUCAUUCCAAAUCCAGCACCGCAGUUUACCUUGCAGAAGGAGGCACUGCCACAACCAUGGUCUCUAAAGAUAUAGGAAUGAACUGUCUGUGAAAUAUUUUCAAGCCUAUGGAGUGAAAUUAUUUUUUGCAUCAUUUAAACGUGCAGAAGACAUUUAAAAAAAACUGCUUUAUCUUCCUGUCAGUACCCUCUCCCACCCCUGCAACAGGACUUGCUUUAAAUAGAUUUCAGCUAUGCAGAAAAAUUUAGCUUAUGCUUCCAUUAUUUUUUAAUUUUGUUUUUUUUUUUAAGUUUUGCACUUUUGUUUAGUCUCAUUAAAGUUAUAUUUGUCUGUUAUGACCACAGAAUUAUAUGUGUGUGUAUCAAAAGUGGUCUCAAAAUAUUUUUUUAAGAAAAAAAGCAAAAACAAUGUAUUGCUGAUAAUCAGUUUGGACCAGUUUCUAAAGGUCAUUAAAACAGAAGCAAGACAGGUUUGACUGCAGUGGUGUCUGGUAUCCAUGUUUUAUUUCUGGGCACAAGCUAGUUUAUAUGUUGAACUGUUCCUGAACAUAUUAUCUGUUGGACAUUCUUUUCUCUUGUGUUUUGUUUGAACGUGCAAUAGUCUAUAGUCCACAAAUAAGCUUUCUUGUAAGCUCUCUUCCUAACAGACCACACAUUCUUCCAUAAUAAGUACAUUUUUCUGUCCCAACCCCCAUACUUUUGGCAGGUCAGUUCUAUGGCAGUGAUUUUUGCACAAGAGAAAGCAGCUACCUGAUUUCUUGCUUUCUCUCUCCUUAUGGAGAAUGCAGAAACAUUGUCUCAAAGGGCUCUAAAGAAGGAACUACCAAAACCUAAUUUGAAAUGCCAUUUCUUUUAACCUUCCAAGUCCUAAAUGUUUCUUUCCAGGCAUUUUAAUAAACGUAUUUGGUUCUGGUUUUUGGACGUUCAUAAGAGAGCAUAGAACAAAGUAGAUGAAGUCAAAUAUUAGCCUUUCUUCAUUUUAUUUUAUUUUUAUAUGUAUGUUCAUGUUCCAUAUUCAUUUAUUUAAGAAGCACAUUUUUAUCAGAAAACUUAGAGAGCUAUACUUAUAUGGAAUUUUUAAGUAGGUAGAUGGUUAAGACUAUAUAGUGUUAUAGCCUUCAUUCUCUGAAUAGGCCAUCUUUGACUCAAAUAAAAUUACAUUUCCUAUUUAAAAUAACUUCAAAAGUAAUUCAUAGUUUUGAACAAGUAGUAACUUUUUAUUCUCUUCCCAAGCAACGCCUGGUGACUUUAUCUGAAAAUGAGUCCUCUUCCCAUGACCUAAAACACUGUGUGGAAAAAUCAAUUCAUUUGGCAUGCCAAAUCCCUGUGGAAGGAAAGAUUGCUGCCAAACCUAUCAUUUUUGAGCAGACUGAGGCUUACCUCUCUUUUUUCAAAACUGUUUCUUCACUAAUCCUAUUUUCAUAAUUUCUCUUUUUACCAGCUUUUCAUAUGAUCUUUGAUAUGUGAGUAGCGUUUAUUAUUUACAUUAUAUUAGAAUAUACCUUUUAGUGAUAACAUGUUAUGUAUCCUUCAAGUCAUAUUGUUUUUUUAAAAAAGCUUCCUUUGCUUCUCCUUACUGAUAGUUAUCUCUAAACAGCAACCUCAGCAUGUUUUUUUAAAUAAAGCACUUUAUGUCAAAUAAGGGACUUUUUUUAUAAGCACAAAUUAUUUUCUAUUAAUUUGCAAACAGUGAUGAUCUCACUUAAUUUUUCCAGAUUCUCAGAGUACUUAGUAGAUGUUAUUUAACUAAGUUCUAAGAUUUCUCUGGAAGAUAAAAAGCUAAGAGAAAAACACAAAUGCCCAUAUUCUUACUUUUAGGUUUUUAUCUCCUGAACAAUAUUUUCUCACUCAUAUUCCUCUAUCUUCAUCAUUUAGCUAAAGAUAACAUAAAUGUCCCAAUUUGCUGUCCAAAAUAUUUAUAAUUUACUAUAUAAACCUUUUUUUUCGUCAUCUGCUAUAAUCCUGUAAGUUAGAUGUUACAACACUUCACUUUUAUUCUGAUGGAUGGCUGAACACAGUUUUGAAUUUUUAGAAUUAAGAUUAUUUUUCUAGGGCGCCUGGGUGGCUCAGUCGUUAAGCGUCUGCCUUCCGCUCGGGUCAUGGUCCCGGGGUCCUGGGAUCGAGUCCCGCAUCGGGCUCCCUGCUCCGCGAGGGGCCUGCUUCUCCCUCUCCCACUCCCCCUGCUUCUGUUCCUGCUCUCACUAUCUCUCUCUCUGUCAAAUAAAUAAAUAAAAUCUUUAAAAAAAAAAAAAUUUUUUUUUUUUUAAUUAUUUUUCUAGUGCCCAGGAUUUCCACCUUUUUUUGUUUUAUUGGCCCUUCUCUUGAUUCAGAUCCUUAACAUUUUUCAGUCUUCUGGCAUAAUUAUUCUAUCUAUAUAACAAAUUAUUUAUAUCUUUCCCACCAAAUUUUCACUUAGUUCUCUUGCCUUUAAAUGUCUUUGAACUGCAUUUCAUUAUUUUCAAACAUGUGUAGGAUAUCUUUGAAUCAAAAUAAAUUAUAUUCCUUCUCGAAUUGAGGAUAAAUGACCAUUUGAGAUCUAACUGAUCUUUUCCUGACAGAAGAAGUUAUCUUACAUUCUACUUUACUUUGUGUUUAGGCUAGUUGGUUGUAAUUUUUCCAGCAUCUUUUUUUUUUUAUGUUUAAUAAAAUGCUUUCAAGAAUUAAUAGACCAAAAUAAAAGAGAAUCCUUUUAAGUUUCCCAUUUCAUGCAAACAUGUUUAAAACAAAUAAUUUUCUUUCCCUAGUUUUUUUUAGUAGACCCUUAAAAAAUAGGAAGAGUAAAAAGUGUAGAUCAUUUUAAUAAAUUUUAAAUUAAAUUGGACAUCAGACUGAUUUUGAAUCUGUUUGUAAUAUACAAGCAAGCAAAAUUACUUAAAAUACUUGCUAACUUUAUUCAUCUAAUAAUUUUUUAAAGCUAAUAUUUAACUGCUAUCACAAUAUUUUGCAUGUAGUAGAAAAACAUUUGGAUCCUUCGAAUAAAGGCCAUUUAAUGAAAAAAAAAUUAAAAUUCACUUUGCUAGUUUUACAACCUUAAAAGCAUCAUAAUAGGUAAUCAAAUUCUAGUAUUAAUUCCCUGAGCUAUCCUAAUUGUAUGUCAGAACUGAGUCAUUGAAAGAACUUGGUUUGAAUUGGGUUUAGACAAAAAUGACUUAAUUAUAAUUCCUAACAGUGUUCCCCUUUUUAAAUUCCUAAUUUGGGGAAAAGAAACCAAUAUCAGUGUAAAAUGUUAUGAAAAGGCACAGGAAUUAAAUAAUACUAAUUGACAAUUUGUUAUAUACUGAAUGCUGGGAUAUACAUACACAAUCUCUUUUAAUCCUCAUAGGAACUAUUUAAGGAUCUUAGUUAAUAUUCCCACUUUACAGAUUGAGGAAAUUGAAGCAAAGAGACACUAAGCCAUUUUCCCAAGUUCCACAUCCUAGUAAUAGAGAAAGCUGUAUUUUAACCUGGGUUUGCUUCUCCACAUCUCUUUCUUUUUUUAAAAAAAAGAUUUUAUCUAUCUAUUCAUGAGAGACAGAGAGAGAGAGAGAGAGGCAGAGGGAGAAGCAGGCUCCCAAGGAGCAGGGAUCCCCAUGUGGGACUCGAUCCCAGGACCCCGGGAUCAUGACCUGAGCCAAAGGCAGAUGCUUAACCAUCUGAGCCACCCAGGCGCCCUCCACAUCUCUUUCAUCCACAGCACACUGCCUAUGCACUGUAUGACAGGAUGUGUAAUAUACUGACAUUUUGCAAGAAAUUCAGUCAUUACACUCCAGCACAACUGUGGCUUGUAUAUAAGCCAAAGCAGAUACCUUAAUGACAUGUAGACAUGUCUAUGCUGGCUGUUGCUUGGAGAAAUAAUUACUAAUUCAAGAUAAAAUUCAAUCCCACAUCUGCCAUCAUGAAUCCUAAAAUUAUUUCACUUCUCUUCACUCCUAAUAUUCUUGCAUUGUAGAACUAAAGAAAAAGUAAAUUUUAAGGGAAAAGUGAAGGUGGCUUUUGGGAACAAAGACUUUUCCCCUAAAUUGAUUCCAUACUUGACUUGAAGAAUUAAUUUAACAUGGAUUUUAAGUCUCAUCAAUCCUUUGACUCCAUCUUGAAAAUUUCUGCUUAUAUUGAUUUAAAGAAAAUUUUACUAAUCCAGAAAACUAAUUGAGGAGGACAUAGGAAGGAUACAAAGAUAGUAUCUUUUUUUAUAAGGCAGUUUCAAUAGCUCCUUACAUGUACCCACUUAUUGCAGAAAAUGUACAUUGGUUCUGAAUGUGAAAAUAACUAAAGGAAGGUAGGAACAUGCAAGUAAGUAUGUGUUUCAGUGGGAAUUGUCACAAAAUUUGGCAAGUGUUUUUAUUUAAAAUUUUCAAGUUUGGCGUCUAAAGCCAAAUGGAAUACCUGGGAGGCUGCAGCUAUUUACUGAACUUUCCAUCCUCAAAGUCAUUUAAAAUGGAAGAAUACUUCAAUAAGUUUUUUGUUUUUUUUAAUAUUUAUGGAAAUGAACAUUUCAUUGGAGGUAGUUAGCUUCUAGAACUUGAGAUUACAUUGUAUUCCUAUACAACCUUUUAUUAAUUUAUGUUGAACUUACUACCAGUUAUGUGCAGGUUAUUGCAUAACUAUUCACAGAUUGCUUUAUAUAUUACUUUAUCUUCCAAGCUAACUGAUUAGAAAUUGUACACACGUUAGUUGAUUAUCUAGACCUGUUAUUCCAGAAAUUGUGUAACACUCCCACAUACACCCCAGAAGUUUUUUUCACACUGAGAUGUUUGUAAAUAUACCUUUUGCUGUCAGUUCGCUCUUCAGUGGAUAAAAUUGCAUUUUAACUUACAGAUUCUGAACUAUGCAAAUGUUAGCCAAAACUACCUUGCAUGAUCCACUCUUAAAUAUACUCCUCGAUUUAGUAAAUCUGGCAAAUCACUGUUUGAGCUGGUUACACAAAUGUUAUUAUCAAAAGAAGGCUUUUCUAUAGCUUCUCAGAUUAAACUAACAUAGAAGAAAAGAGGAAAUCUCAGGGUGCUCUCGUGCACCUACCCAUUACUUUCCUUCAACCGCCUUUUAGUUUGUGUCUGACUUAUUCUAUCCCUUGGUUAUCUGACUUGUAAUCUUCUGUGUCAGGAAAAUUUUCUUGUCUAUUCUGCUUCCCUCCUGUUUCAUUUUAUGUGCAUUUGUCUCCUCCAGCAGUAAAAAGGGAGAGCAGUUGGCUAUCUUCUCCAGUAUUGUUAUUUUUCAUUAUGCUUCCGGCUUCUCAAUUAACAUCUAAGUCUCGAUUCUUCAGACAAAAUUGCUGUGGUUCCCUUAGCAUUUCCUUCUCAGCCCUAUUUUAAUAACUAUUUAUACUUAAGAACACCUGAAAUUAUAUUUUACAUUAUAUUCAAAUUCAUUACUCUAGUUAAGUAAUAGUUCAGUAGGAUAGAAUUGAGAAUGAAGAUGCUACCAUUUGACAAUGGAUCCAACCAUCAGAUUGUCAGAAAAUCAGCACUUAAUUAAGUUUUGUAUUAUCUAACAUUUCCUAUUAAAUUGUGGAGUUUUACAAUUUUAUAUUCUCAUUAGUUAUAACUAAAAAGCCAUGCACACAGAAUUGUAUAUAAUUUUGCCAUUAAAAAUUUUUUAACCUAUAUUGCAGCAAGCUUAGCAUUACAAUUGAGCCACAACAUUUUACAUAUUUCUUUGUAUCAAAUAUUAAACACAAAAUGCAAGAUUAACUUUCAAAAACAAACCUUACAAUAAUCAGGUAUUAUCUAUGAACAUUUUUGCAGACCACUUUUGAAAUACUUAUUAUUUGCAACAUAGGCUGGACUAUAACAACUUUCAUUUAACUUUUAAGUGGCUGGUUAAAGUUGAGUGUUUGUGCAUAUAAAGAAAAUUUAGAAUUUUAUCUCAUGGCUGAUACAUUUGAAAGUAAAUAAUUCAGAAGAUUUAAUGCUGUGUAUUAGAAUUAUGCCCCAAAUAAAUCUAUCUUGAAAAUUCCAAUUCCGUUAUUAUGUGAUGUUCAUAGUGUUACUAUUAAUUGUGGUGACAUUCAUUUUUUUAAACUUAAUUUGCAACCCAGAUUCUAAAAUUUGGGUAAGAGAGAAGAAAUCUUUAGAAAUAAAUCACAUCACUAGGGCAUCCAGUUUAUGAUUGAAUUUUUUUAAAAAUUACUCUAUUUUAAACUAUAACUUUUAAAAAAUGUUUCAAAAGGCAACAUGUAGGUUUUUUCCAUUUUAUUUGUACUUUUAGAUUUCAGAAACAUCUUCAUGUUUUAGACUCACUCUAUAGACAUAAUAUUACUUAAAAACUCAGGGCCCUCUUCAUCCCUUUGCACAUGAGAAACUUUAAUUGGUAGCAAACGAGCAAUUAGUCCAGUUGAAUAUUUAAAGUGUUUGUUGCACAUACAGUUCAUUUAAUGUUUCAUCUUAUGAUUUGACUUAAUUUACAUAGACAUAACAUCAGAUUUCAUUAAUCAUAAAAACUUGCCCAGUUCUAUAAUUACUGAAUAGAGGGAAAUGACUCAACUAAUUGGCUACAUGUUGCAGCCUAUUUAGGCCUUAGAGUUGAAGCACCGUCUUAAAACCAUUUCUCUUCUUUGGGUAAAUGGUUAUACACGAUGGGACAAAUCAUUUCAUUUUGCUUUGUUUUUGAAUGGGAGAACUUAGUAAAGUUGUUCCUCUGAGAUAAAAUUUUCUUGAGGUAAUUUAACAUUAAAAAAACUCUUCUAAAAGUGAAAUAAUGAGUCUAUAGCUUUAGUAAUAGUUUGGAUGGUUUUGAGAAGGUAACUUAUGGUAAGUUAUUUAUCACCUUGUCAGAUCCAAAUAGAAUUUUUCCUUCAAUCAGACAAGUCCAAGCUCCAAAUUGAUAGGCUGUAUACUUAAAAUCCUAGCAGUGAAGUUAUUUGUAACCCGUCUCUUGUCUCAGGCUCUCCACCUUAUUACCAAACCUCUUAAGUAUGAUAAGGAAACAUAUUUUUAAAGGAGCUUAAUAGUAAGAAAACUAAAUUACUAAAAGAUGCAAUUCAAAGAUAGGUUCUGGUUAAAAUUGAAUUGCUUGGCUUCUGUGGCUUUUCUUUUUCUCGUCACAUUUAUUUAUUUAAAGUUUUUGUAUGCCUUGUCAUGUUUCCAUGGAAAUUAUAUUGUGUAAGUGUUUGUAUAAGCUGGAAUCAUCCUUAAUUUUCUGUUGAUAAUUUUUCAAAUGAAGAUAAGUGGAUAAUUGUAAAGUACACUAACUCUUAGGGUAUUGUAGUAGCUGAAACAUGGAGAUGUGUAGCUGCCAUGCUUUUUCUGAAUGGACAGGAGAAACAUAAGCUACAGAGUAUUCAUUUCUGAGGAUGCUUUUGUGGAAUAAGGCAGGCUGAAAAAUAUUGGCAAUUCCUCAGAACCCUCUUUCUUGUUAACGGGUAUCUUUUGUUGGUGUGUUUUGCUCUUACAUUACAGAUAGAAUAUCAUAUGAAUUUAUGAAUAAUUACUUUCAAUUAUUUUGCUUUUGUAAAAGCCGUCUGAGACCUUGCUAUGCUGUGUAAGUUGUGUUUGAUGGAUCAGUGUGAGUAUGAAAUAAAGCAAAUCACUUUUCUUUUGUAUUAUCUAUGGAUGCCACUAUGAAAGCUGACAUUAAGCCACUAAAGAGUUUUUUAUGAAUAAUUGUAAGUAAAUGCUUUGAUAUAUAUAAACCUAAAUAAAAAGAUUGUAUUGCUACAGAGACAUUGGAGAAGAUUUUAAGACAGUUCUUUAGGUUUAAAAAAGGCUUGCUGUAAAAUGGUGCAUUAUUUCAUUUAUUAAAGAUCAUAUUAAUAACAACA